AUGUCUGAGGACACUUCGAAGCCGAAGAGACGAAUCCUAGUGUCCUAUGGCGUCGACAUAGACGCUAUAGCAGGAUGGCUGGGCUCGUACAAGGGCGAAGACUCGACUAGUGACAUCUCUCGAGCAGGUUACUUUGCCGGCACAGAAGGUGUGAAAAGGCUGUUGAAGCUGUUUGAGAAAUACAACAUCAAGGCAUCUUGGUUUAUUCCUGGUCAUAGCUUAGAAACGUUCCCGGAAGAAUGUGCUAUGAUCCGCGACGCUGGCCAUGAGAUAGGAUUGCACGGAUACAGCCAUGAGAACCCCGUUGAUAUGACAUUCGAACAGCAACGCGAUGUGCUUGACUAUACGUAUCGAAUGCUCACAGAUUUCUGUCAUGGAAAGACGCCUCGAGGAAUCGUGGCCCCAUGGUGGGAGGUCAGCAGAGAAGCGACAGAAUUAUUGCUUCAGUACGGCAUUGAGUAUGACCACAGCAUGAGUCACCAUGACUGUCAGGCAUACUAUCUCCGGACAGGAGACAAUUGGACAAAGAUCGACUUUGGGAAACCUGCCAAAGAAUGGAUGAAGCCUUUUACCAAAGGCCAGGAAACUGGCCUUGUGGAAAUUCCAGCAAACUGGUAUCUGGAUGACUUGCCGCCGAUGAUGUUCAUGAAAAAGGUGCCAAACAGCCAUGGCUGGGUAAAUCCGAGAGACGUUGAAGAUUUGUGGCGGGAUCAUUUCGACUAUUUUUACAGAGAAGAGAAAGAGGUAUUCUAUUUCCCCAUGACAAUCCAUCCAGAUGUAUCAGGCAGACCGCAUGUGUUGCUCAUGCAUGAAAGACUGAUCGAGCACAUCAACAAACACGAAGGCGUCGAAUGGGUGACAAUGGCGGAGAUGGUGGACCAUUUUAAAAGUAAACACCAGCCCCCCGAAGGAGCCAUGAUGCCAGCACCACGGGGAGAGAUUCUCUCAAAGAGCCAGAAAUAG